UGACGUACAAGGCAUUAACAUCAAAAUUCAAAACGAGAUACCGGGCGAAGCAACAACAUACAAAUCGAUCGACACGGUAAUGAAUGAAGAAGAGAUUGUGAAUUAUCCCACCGAAUUCCUCAACUCGCUUGAUUUGCCAGGAGUACCACCGCAUGAUUUGACCUUGAAAUUGGGAGUACCCAUCAUUCUACUCCGGAACAUAAAUCCACCGCGGUUGUGUAAUGGAACACGACUCUCGGUGCAAAGUUUGAUGAAGAACGUUAUCCGAGCAAUGAUUAUAUGCGGAAAAUUCGAAGGGGAAAUUGUUUACCUGCCGCGUAUACCCAUUAUACCGACCGACAUGCCGUUCGAAUUCAAACGCUUGCAAUUCCCUGUACGGCUCGCUUUUGCGAUGACAAUCAACAAAGCACAAGGUCAAUCCCUUAAAGUAUGCGGUCUAAAUUUGAAGAAUCCAUGCUUUUCGCACGGGCAACUAUACGUAGCAUGUUCACGCGUCGGGAGCCCAUCGAAUUUAUACGUGUACGCACCAGAAAAUGCGACGAAAAACAUAGUUUAUCCCCAGGUCCUCGAAUAA